UGCCCGUUUCUCCCCCACCACCCCCUUCCUGAGGAACCCAGACACUUGCUCCCGCCCCCUUUGCGCCUGCGCACUCGGGCCGCGGCAGGCCCUCAGGAAGCCCGCAGACUUGAGGGCUGGGCGGUCCUCACAGCCCGUCGCGGCCCGAGUGUGGGGGUCGCUGCUUGUGGCCGCUGCUUUUCUGAAGGGAACGAGUGCGGGAGGGCUGGAUUCUGCGGUCCGGACCGGGGGCGGGUGGAGCCUGGGACCUCGCGCUACUUCGCGAUUCCUCCCGGCUGAGGGCUGGCAGCUCGAGACCCGAAGCGGGUCCGCCCGUAGAGGGCAGUCGGAGGCGGAGCCCCAGGAUAAAGGUCCCCUGCAAAACGCUGGAGCUAGAUUCACGCAUGGCUGGUCUCUGAGGGCCUGAGGACCCGCUAGACGCAAGAAGACGCCGUGGGCCGUCCCGCGGGCCCUGCCAGUCUCCAGAGAAGGCCUUUGAAGCGAAGCGAAUCGCUGCUGCGCCUCGCAAAGCCAGGUUCUGUUUCUAGCUUCUAUGGAUUCUGCUUCUUCAGUAAAUGAACUUUGAGGAAAACUGAUCAGUUCUAAUCUAAAAUCAUGGCUCAUCAUUUGGUGAUGUUCAGAGAUGUGGCUGUAGACUUUUCUCAAGAAGAAUGGGAAUGUCUGAACUCAUAUCAGAGGAAUUUGUACAGAGAUGUGAUAUUAGAGAACUAUAGCAACUUGGUGUCUGUGGCAGGAUGCUCCAUUUCUAAGCCAGAUGUGAUUACCCUACUAGAGCAAGGGAAAGAACCCUGGAUGGUUGUGAGGGAUGAGAGAAGAAGGAGCCUAGAUUUAGAGUCCAGAUAUGACACUAAAAUGUUAUUUCAAGAAAAGGAUCUUUAUGAAAUGAAUUUAUCUCCAUGGGAGAUCAUGAAUCUCCAUGGAAUUAGAAGUUGUGGCCUUGAAGACUCCUUUAUCAGAAGAGAUUAUAAGUAUAAGAAGUUUGAGGGACAAGAAGGUCCUCAAGAGGGCUAUUUCAGGCAAGUGAAAAAACUGCCCACUUAUAGAAAACUCCCAUCUCUUACUCUGUAUCAGAGAAUUCAUAAUAGAGAGAAACCCUAUGAAUGUGGGGACUGUGGGAAGGCCUUUAGAGUACGCCAACAACUUACUUUCCAUCAGAGGAUCCACACUGGUGAAAAACCCUAUGAAUGCAAAGAAUGUGGAAAAGCCUUUAGACAGUGUGCCCACCUUAGUCGACAUCAGAGAAUUCAUACUUCUGACAAACUCCUUGAAUGUAAAAAGUGUGGAAAGAUCUUUACAUGUGGUGCAGAUCUUCGAGUACAUCAGAGAACGCAUAUUGGUGAGAAGCCCUAUGAAUGUAAGGAAUGUGGGAAGGCCUUCAGAGUACGAGGACAACUUAAUCUCCAUCAAAGGAUUCAUACUGGUGAGAAACCCUAUGAAUGUAAAGAAUGUGGGAAGACCUUUAGACAGUAUGCACACCUUACACGACAUCAGAGACUUAAUAUUGCUGAGAAGUGCUAUGAAUGUAAGGACUGUGGGCAGACUUUCUUGUGUAGUACAGGCCUUAGAGUACAUCACAAGCUUCAUACUGGUGAAAAGCCCUAUGAAUGUAAGGAAUGUGGAAAGGCCUUCAGAGUGCGGCAACAGCUCACUCUCCAUCAGAGAAUUCAUACUGGUGAGAAACCCUAUGAUUGUAAAGAAUGUGGGAAGACCUUUAGUCGUGGCUAUCACCUGACUCUUCAUCAAAGAAUUCACACUGGUGAGAAACCUUAUGAAUGUAAGGAAUGUCAGAAGUUCUUUCGUCGUUACUCAGAACUUAUUUCACAUCAGGGUAUUCAUAUUGGAGAGAAACCCUAUGAUUGUAAGGAAUGUGGGAAGACCUUUAGACUGUUCUCACAACUUACUCAACAUCAGAGUAUUCAUUUUGGUGAGAAACCUUAUAAAUGUAAGGAAUGUGAGAAGACUUUUAGACUGCUGUCACAACUUACUCAGCAUCAGAGUAUUCAUACUGGUGAGAAACCCUAUGACUGUAAGGAAUGUGGAAAAGCCUUUAGACUUCAUUCAUCACUUAUUCAACAUCAGAGGAUUCAUUCUGGUGAAAAGCCAUACAAAUGUAAGGAAUGUAAAAAGGCUUUUAGACAACAUUCCCAUCUUACCUACCAUCAGCGAAUUCAUAAUGGUUCACUCAGGCGAAUUCUCUGUAUUGGGCUUCCCAUGAGGCUGCUAUGGAAAAGUGACUUUGAAAUUCUUGGAUGUCCUGCUGUUUCACAGAAUGGGCUCAAUUAUAACUUUGAAAAACCUUUUGCUAUCUGGAAACACUGCCACGGAACUAUUUCCUUGAGAUUCUACUUGAAAUAUGCACCAAUUGAUACAAUAAGUUCUCCUGAUGGUCAUUCGGCACAUGGCAUGUGUCUUCUUGAGCUGCAGAUGCAGGAGCUUAUACUUCUUACCCUUGUAGAAUUUCCUGAAGUUUUCUAUGUGAGUCUGAUUGAUAACUGUGAGAGCACAGGGGAUGGAUAUGGAUACAACUCAGAUCUUGCAGAGCUUGGAAACCUUGUCACCUGUCACUUUGCUGCCUCACAGCUGGGACAGCUCCCACCUUCAGUCCUCGCGUCCCCUGCAGGGGACACUUGGGUACAAACACGCGUCCUUGAAGUAAGCGUCAAACGCCGAUGCCUCUUGGGGCAGAAACCUGGUAGUCACAACCGCUCCCGAUUUCGGCCAGGCCGCAGAAUGUUGGCCACUGCCUCUUGCAUUCUGUGGGAUGGAGCUGGUGGGGCUGGGUGCACACUUUUGGACUACAUUUCCCGGAGGCCACCGCGUCCCCGCGCCAUUUCGUACACUUAUUCCGUUACGUCUCGACGCAAGGAUCCAGUCUGCAGCGGCCAGUCGGCCUUGCCGUGGCGGGGUGGCUGUGCCCUUCUCCGCCGGCAAUAUCGGCUACCGUCACUUCGGUUCCGAGUGGCAGGGGCGUGGCGCCAUUCGUCUGGUUCCCCCGCGUCGGCGGAGUGCAGUGCAGUUGGCACCCCUCUCCUCUGGCAAACUCGGCACCGUGACUUUGGUUCCGGGAGGACGGGGUCGGAAAUAGGUCAUCCCGAACGUUCUACCGCGUGGGAUGGGUGUGUGUCCGCUUCUCUGGCGGCGCGAUGGGCCCAUCUGCCGUCUUCCAGUGCUUUUGGCGGCUGGGAUCCUUGGCACCUGUGUACCCCGCUGUGUGACAGGGACACAUGGCUGGUGACUUUCAGGGAUGUGGCCAUCGACUUCUCGCAGGAAGAGUGGGAAUGCCUUAACUCCACUCAGAGGGACUUGUACAGGGAUGUGAUGUUGGAGAACUACAGCAACGUGAUUUCACUAGCUGGAUGUUCGAUCCCUAAACCAGAUGUGUUUUCUUUAUUGGAGCAAGGGAAGGACCCCUGGAUGGUGAUGAGAGCCAUGACAAGAAGAAGGAGUUCAGACUUGGAAUCCAGUUGUAAGAUCAUAAAGUCAUCCCCAGAAAAGGGAGCUUAUGAAAUGGAAUCACUGCAAGGGGAGAAUAUGAGGAAAUCUUUCAGUCAUAACUUUGAUUGCAAUGGUCUUAGAGAUACUACGAAGGGCAAAGGAAUGUUUGAGGGUCAACAGAGAAGUCAGGAAGGACUUCACAUGCACAUGAAAAUUACCUGUGGCGAAAAGGCCACUCAAAGCCAUUCUAUGUCACCUACUCUUUAUCAGAUACAUCCUACCAAGGAAAAAUUAUACAAAUGUAAGGAAUGUGAACAAGUGUUCAACUACCUGUCAUGCCUUACUCAACAUGAGAAAAGCCAUAAUAAAGAAAAACACUCUGAAGUUAAGAAAAGUAGGAAGACCUUCAGCCAAAAGCCAGCCUAUAUUCAGCAUCAGAGGAUUCAGAAUGGUGAAAAGCCUUAUGAGUGUAUGGAAUGCGGGAAGGCCUUCAGUCGUAGUUCUGAUCUGAUUCAACAUCAGAAAAUUCAUACUAAUGAAAAACCUUAUCAGUGUAAGGCAUGUGGGAAGGCUUUUAUUCGUGGUUCACAGCUCACUGAACAUCAGAGAGUUCAUACAGGAGAGAAACCAUAUGAAUGUAAGAAAUGUGGAAAAGCCUUUAGUUAUUGUUCACAGUAUACUCUCCAUCAGAGAAUUCAUAGUGGUGAAAAACCCUAUAAAUGUAAGGAAUGUGGGAAGUCCUUUAUUCUUGGCUCUCAACUUACUUACCAUCAGAGAAUUCAUAGUGGUGAGAAACCUUAUGAGUGUAAGGAAUGUGGAAAGGCCUUUAUUCUUGGUUCACACCUUACUUAUCAUCAAAGAGUUCAUACUGGUGAAAAGCCUUACAGAUGUAAAGAAUGUGGAAAGGCCUUUUUAUGUGCCUCCCAACUUAAUGAACAUCAGAGAAUCCAUACAGGUGAGAAGCCCUAUGAAUGUAAAGAAUGUGGGAAGGCCUUUUUUCGUGGCUCACAACUAACUUACCAUCUGAGAGUUCAUACAGGUGAGAGACCCUAUAAAUGCAAAGAAUGUGGGAAAGCCUUUAUUUCUAAUUCUAAUCUUACUCAACAUCAGAGAAUUCAUACAGGUGAAAAACCCUACAAAUGUAAAGAAUGUGAGAAGGCCUUUAUUUGUGGCAAACAACUUAGUGAACAUCAGAGAAUUCAUACAGGUGAGAAACCCUUUGAAUGUAAGGAGUGUGGAAAGGCUUUUAUUCGUGGUGCAUAUCUUACCCAACAUGAGAAAAUUCAUGGUGAGAAGCAUUAUGAAUGUAAGGAAUGUGGGAAGACCUUUUUUCGUGCCACACAACUUACAUAUCACCAGAGAAUUCAUACAGGUGAGAAACCCUACAAAUGUAAGGAAUGUGACAAGGCUUUUAUUUAUGGCUCACAACUUAGUGAACACCAAAGAAUUCAUAGAGGUGAAAAACCCUAUGAAUGUAAGCAAUGUGGGAAGGCCUUUGUUCGUGGCUCACAUCUUACUGAACAUCUAAGAACUCAUUCCGGUGAGAAACCCUAUGAAUGUAAGGAAUGUGGGAAGGCCUUUAGUCGUGGCUCAGAACUUACUCUACAUCAAAGGAUCCAUACCGGUGAGAAACCUUAUGGAUGUGUUCAAUGUGGUAAAGACUUUAGACGUCAUUCACAACUUACUCAACAUAUGAGGCUUCAUAAUUGAAAAAGCCUUGAUUUUGAUUUAAUAGAAGGCUUCAACACUUCUGAAAUGUUAGAGAACCCAUAUUAUGUUCAUAGUGAAUGUAGUGAUAGAUCCUUUUGCUUGUGCUAAAAAUCAGCUCAUUUUUAGAAAAUCUGUAAUAAUGAAUGCAGAAAUAACUUUUGGAACCCAUUAAACAUUUUUAAGAAUCUAUAUAGCUUUGGAAUGUAAUGCUGAAGUAUAUUCCUUAUUGAGCACCAUCUCUAUUUCACCAUUUCCUGUGAAAUUGGAGAAAUUAAUCUGUGUGCCUCAGUUUCUUUGUGUAAAAUAAUGGAAUAAUAGCACAUUGAUUAAAUUAAAAAUGAUUAAAUGUAUGCAACUCUCUUUGGACAGUAUCUGAUACUCAUCUGUUAUUUUUUUCAUCUGUUAUUAUCAUCAUUAUUAUAUGCUAUUGGAGAAGUCAAGUGGUAAGAGUAUUUUUGAGUACAGUAAGAUGUAAGCAUUCUAUUAUCAUCUAUCUCCUUUCUAAAAAUUUUGUUUCAUUUUAGAUUUUAUUUAUUAGAGAGAGAGAGAGAGCACAAGCACACAAGUGAGCAGGCAGGGGCGGGGGGAGCAGGAGAGUGCAGAGCUGAGUGGGGAGCUGGAGGCAGGGUUCAAUCCCAGGACCUCAGGGUCAUGACCCAAGCCAAAGGCAAAUGCUUAACCAACUGAGCCACCCAGAUGCCCCCCUUUUUGUUUUGUUUUUACCAUCCAUCCCUUUAUGAAUACCAGAUAAUUUAUUCUAUGACAGAAACUUUAGAAUAUAAAAAAGGCAGGAAGCUCUCCAUUUUAGAGCUCAUAAAUUCUGCUGCACAAGAUAAUUCAUACUGCAAACAAACUAUAGAAGAAAUCCCUUUAAGAUUAUAAAGCUUUUUUAUAAAAUCAGGGAGAGGUGAUUUUUCAACAGCAAAUUCCAAAAGCAGAAGUUGUUAUUUCACAUUUUCUAAUUACAACUUUAAGGGAAAAAUAAUUUAACAACAAAAUGAUAGCCAGGUAGCUCCAUUAAAAGAGAAAAAAACUAAAAAAAGAAAAAUAUAUAUGCAAUUAUUAGUCUUAAAUGAGAAAUCAAAAUUUACCAACUAUGGC